AUGUCGUUUUCUACCCUGGUACUGGGUGUUUUCUACCUCGCGGGUGUGUCUGCCGCUUCUAUUUCGAGGCAGAUACAGCUUGGCGAUCACGAAUACUUUGUUCCUCCGACCGCGGCGUGGAAAUUGGAUUCUUGGGAUGCUUCGGUCGACGCUGACGAGUUUACGCCCUUGACGGUUGUCAAAUUGAACCAGACGGCAAAUGCUGAGCGUGUUGCCUCUGCGCUUGGGGAGUAUGAGAAGGACGAUGUCUGGACCAGGGAGUUUGCUCAGGCUUUGUACAUCGAGUCUGAUAAAGAAUUGACCUUCAAUUCUUCCAAGUACAACGUUUCAGCGGUAUACACAGGCAAAGAGUCGGUGCCAGCGGGUCCAUACUUUGUACAUAGCUACACUGGCAAUGUCUUCCAAGCAUAUCGCCUCUAUGUCGACACCAACCAAGCUUUCAUCCAAUCCACAUACCAAGACCCCUCUGGAACCCACCAUCCCCUUCGCGCCGGCACCCACUCCGCCGGGGGUCUCACAAUCGCCGUCCCGUCGCGUUUAUACUUCACUCCCACCAAGGAAAAGCCAUUGGCCGGUCUUCGUCUCGGUGUCAAGGACUUGUACGAUCUCAAGGGAGUCAAGACAAGUGGAGGCAACAGAGCACUGUACGAAAUGAGCAAUGUCAAGGCCAAGACUGCUCUAUGCGUACAGAAACUCAUCGAUGCCGGCGCCGUAGUCGUAGGAAAGAACAAAAUGUCCGAAUUUGCGUUUGCUGGCGGAUACGUCACAGAACACAUCGACUACCUUCUCCCCUUCAAUCCGCGAGGGGACGGUUAUAACUCGCCUGGUGAUAGCUCUGGUGGCUCAGCUGCAUCUGUCGCUUCGUAUGACUGGCUUGAUGCUAGCAUGGGAAGUGAUACAGGCGGUAGUAUCCGUGGCCCUGCGCUCCAGAAUGCUGUUCAUGGUAAUCGCCCUACCCAAGACGCUGUCAAUCUCACUGGAGCCCUUCCUCUCUCAUCGGCCAUGGAUACCUCGGGCAUCAUCGCGAGGGAUCCCGUAAUUUUGUCCAAGUUCACCCGAUCUCUUUACGCCGACACGAUUAAAGAGUAUCCUGGGCUGCCAUCUGAGGUCCUCUUUGACAGUGGUAGUGAACGGUUUCUCCUUAACCUGGAAAAAGACUCCCCUAAAGCGGCAAAUGCAGUAGGAGAGUUUUUAAACAGCCUCACAAGUCUUCUCUCAGCCAAUGGCAGCGUCUGCUCAAUUGAUUCGGCGUGGACAAACUCUACACCCAAGGAAUUCGGAGACGUAGCGCUGUCAAACAUCGUGGGUAAUGUCUACUUGAACCUGACAACCUAUGAACAGUGGACCGAAUUUGGCAAAGAUUAUGUUGAAGAGUACAAGAGUCUUCACGAUGGUGCAUUCCCCCAUAUGGUGCCUGAGAUUCGCGACGGAUGGAUGAACGCCAAUGAGACAAUGACCGAGUUGACUCACCAAGAUGACUUGGCUUCAAAGAAAGGCGUCGAGGAAUGGGUAGCGGGCGAGUUCUUGACUGCUGAUAACAAAAGUUGCUCAAAUGCUGUCUACGUCUAUCUAUCAGCCAGCUAUCCUUCAUACAAGCCUGAUGUUUCUCAAGAUGGCUCGAAUCCGUAUAUCCGGGAGCUUCUACAAGCCAGUUCCGAACAGCAGACCCUGAUCACCCAGCUCAACACGACCGUCAACUGUAACUCAACCCUUGGAUCCGAAGAGGCUUGCGAGGAAUCCUUGGAGGCAGAAAAGGCAAACUCCAACAACUCAGGCGCUCAGACCGUCUACGCCGGAAGACUCGCCUCUGUCGCAGGUCUCCCAGACUACGCAGUCUCACUAGGCAUGUUUGACCUGGGCUCAUUCUCCAACUCAACUCUCCAAAACGAGCGUAUUCCUGUAGGAGUAAACAUAAUGGCAGCGAAAGGCUGUGACUUUGUAAUUCUCGACAUUAUUGAGGCACUCCACAAAGAAGGCGUUAUCAAGACUGCCAAGACUGGUAAAACAUCAUAA